UCGAGGUCCUUUGGCAUCGCGGUUCCAACAUGGCGGUGAAUCUCGCAGAUCUCUCCCUGCCUCAGUUAGAGGGACUGAAAACCCAAUUAGAUCAGGAGAUCGAGUUCUUGACGACCUCAAUAGGUCAGUUCAAAAUUGUCCAGACCAAGUAUGUUGAAGCGAAAGAUAGUCUGAACGUCCUGAACAAAAACAACAAUGGAAAAGAAUUGCUCGUGCCACUUACCAGCUCUAUGUACGUCCCCGGAUCAUUGAAUGACGUGGAAACUGUUUUAGUGGAUGUUGGGACAGGAUACUAUGUAGAAAAGAAAGUGGAAGACUCAAAGGCAUUCUUCAAACGUAAAAUAGACUUCCUCACAAAGCAGAUAGAGAAAAUUCAGCCAACCCUUCAGGAGAAACAUGCCAUGAAGCAAGCUGUGAUUGAAGUAAUGAAUGUGAAAAUCCAGCAACUACAACAGAGCCAGCAGACGUCACAGAUGGUUGGGACCACUAAGGCUUAAUGAGAACACCUCAACUUGUCAUGACUGGAUGGGGAUGUUUAAGUUUGUGUGCAAAAAAAUACGUCUACUGUUCUGGGACAAGAAAAUGCCCUCCACUAAUGUAAAGGAGUCAUGUUAAAAUACUGAAAAAUAAAGUUGUUUUUUUGUCUACUUACCUUGUCACCAGGAAAUUAUAAGUAGACUGUUGUAAUGGUAAAACAAUUGUGUAAUUGGUAAAUUUUAAAUUAAUUGAAUUGGUUGUCCAAUUAGUUUGCAUAAUUAAAGAAGUCACUGUGCA